AUGGACCACGAGUUCAAGCUGUUCUAUGAAACACUUGACAAAAGCAAGUUCAAGUUUUUUGGGAGGGGGGAAUCAUACAGUGUGUUCAAUGAGGACAUAGCAAUGAUUCCACGACGUAAUGCAAAGGACGUGAUUGAGAAAAAAGAGGGGAAGGAGAUGAGAGUUUCCAAGGGGGAGAUUGAAGAUAUUAUUAGGGUAUUACUGACAGAAGCCAAGAUUGGAGUCCAGGAGUACGAUGGACAGGCUCUUAUAAGAGAGGGGUUUCCAGGAAACUGGAAGGACUUUACAGACCUGCUGCUAGAUACUAGAAACGUCCCGUCUAUUGCGGCAGUGAAGCUGGGAGAUACAGUUGAGAUAAGCUUCCUUAUCACAUCUGAGCCCACAAUUUACACAUCGAAUUUUGAGGAUGAUGAAAUAUUUAGUAGCCUGUAUUGGAUCUUAAAUGAAGUGAAUGCUGUUGAAGUGGUGUAUGACAACAAGAAGCUAACCGAUUUUUUGAACAAACUAGGGAUUUCUGGCUGCUUGAGAAGAAGUGAGGAGAAUACUGUGAAACUUCUGUGUAGAUAUCUCAGGAUAUCCGAGGAAAAUUAUGAAUGUAGGGAAUACAUCAGACCGUUUUUAUGCAGGGUGGAUAAGAAUGUCCUUUCUGCAUUGAACGUGUAUAAUGAAAGAGAGCACUGCGUAUCCAAAACCUUCUGCUGCUAUACAAACCAGGGAUGGAGGCUCCUCCAUAGAAUGCUUUUACAGCCACUUCGUAAUAAGGAAGAGAUAGAAAGAAGGCUGAACACCAUUGAUUCGUUGAAGACGCUCAAUCUUAGUAUUCUAAGGAAGUUUCCAGAUCUUCUAAGGCUAUCUAGAAGGAUAAGCGGAGGCCGAGUAUCUUUGAGAGAAAUCCUUAGGCUUGUUCAAACCAUUGACGCCAUUCCUGACCUUAUAUCUUCCUUUUCAACCUCCCUGCCCCUUACUAGAGAUGUUGGCGAGCCCCUCAAAAAGAUUUUCUCAGCAUUUGAACCGAUCAAGGCAGAGGUUGCAAGGGUGGUUGACCUUGAAGCAGCUGAAGAGAAUGUGUACAGAAUUAUGCCUGAUGUGUCUCCAAGGCUUUACAAGCUUAAUGAAGCCUUGAAGGAAGUUGAUGAAGAGAUGGACAAGGAGUAUAGGAGGGUAUGCGAGACUUUUCCCAAGCUUAAGAUAGAUAGGAUUUUGGGAGUUUUCAAAACCACAAAGACGGAGUACCAGAAGACCCGGGACAUCUUUAGAAAGGAGGGUUUUGUCGAGCUAAACCUUGUGAAAGGCGGAGUCUCACUUACAACAAGAACCCUCUCUUCCUUGAAUGAAAGAAAAACAUCUCUUAAAGAAAAGGUUGAUGAUGAAGAGAAAGAGAUCAUGGAUGGGAUGAAAACUAUGCUGAAGAAUUACAUAUCUUACAUCGAGUCCCUGAAUUAUCUAACAGCAUUGAUUGACGUAUUUAGUGCAUUUUCCAUUAAGGCCACUCUUAAGGGAUAUUCUAGGCCGGAGUUCAAUAAGAAUAAGCUUGAAAUAAGAGGUGGAUUCCACCCAGUGCUUGAAGACCAGGACUAUAUCCCCAAUUCAAUAAAGAUGGAGGAUAAGAGAAUGUGUGUGGUGACAGGGCCAAACAUGGGAGGAAAGAGUACCUUUCUUAAAACCUGUGGAGUGAUUGCUCUUCUUGCACAUAUGGGGUGUUAUGUUCCUGCAGAAUAUGCUAGUAUUCCAAUUCUUGAUGGAAUAUAUGUCAGAGUCGGGGCUGCAGACUGCUCGUUCACGGGGUCAUCCACGUUCAUGAUGGAAAUGGCUGACAUAGCAAGAAUAUGCCGUUUGAGCUCUCCGGAGUCAUUAGUAAUAAUAGAUGAGCUUGGAAGAGGAACCAGUGCAAUUGAUGGGCUAAGCAUAGCACAGGCUGUCAAAGAGCAUCUUGUUCAAAAGAAAAGCCUAUGCCUAUGUGCUACACACUUUCCAGAGCUUUGUGGUGACGAUGUGUUGAAUAAGAAGGUUAAGAACGAAGGGACACUUCUUAUGUACGAAUUGGUUGAUGGUGUCUGCGAUACAAGCUUCGGCAUAAUGGUUGCAGAGAAGGUAGGGUUCCCUGUGGAGGUGAUACAAAUGGCUAAGGAAUAUAUGGAAAAAUGA